AUGUAUUUCCUGUCGACCAUGCCGGGAGUGUUGGGAAUCGUCUUCUGCGAUGAUGAAUACUGGUUCAAGGAGUGCAGCAAGUUCAAUCUGCAGUGCAUCAGCGAGUUCCCGUCGAUUCGCUCUCCCUUCGGAAUGCCGUUUUUCUUCGGCAUGAUCGACAUGCUGAUCAACAAAUUCCCUGGCUAUCCCUUCUAUGGCUACAUCAACGGUGAUAUUCUAGUGGAAAACACGAUAAGGGACGUUUUAGAGCAGGUCCAUGCAGAUAUUCUCUCCGGCAAGCUCGGUCCAAAAGUGUCUCUCUUCACGCACCGCAAGAACAUGUUCGCCUCCUUCCCCGACGAUUUAUACAACAACAACUCCGAAUCGCGCGAGUGCGUUCGUCCUCUUCCUCUCAUCCGCAGCGAGCUCUUCACCCGCUUCAAUCGCCGCAGCGUGACCUACUGGGACGUCGCCAUCGAUCUCUUCGUGUUCACUCCUUCCGUGUUUCCGUGGCGACUGAUGCCCAACUUCGUGAUUGGCCGCACGAAAUACGAUAACUACGUGGUGCAGUCGCUCGCUCACGACCCCUCGCAGGUGAUGAUCGACGCGUCCAACAUGGUGGCGAUCGUACACCAAACGAUCGACGGCGUUCGCUCGGGUCUUCGAAAGCAGCGCAGCGAGAAGAAGUCGUCGAUUAGCAUGCUGUGGAACGAGCUGGCGCUGCACAUCGCGGGCGUGAAGGAUUGCUGCCAGGAUAUCUGGUUCGCGGAGCUGAGUUCGCACGUGGUGAUUCCCACGCAGCAAGGCGUCUGCGUCGAGGCCAAGCUGAUGCAGUCGUACCUCGAAGACGACUUCCAGCUCAACGAGAUCGAGAUGCUGAAGGCGUAUAUCAAGCCGGAGGAGCAUCGACGGUGUUUGUUCGUCGUGGAAGGAGCCGUGUCCGGGUUUAUGAGCCAUCUCUGCGAGCAUACGGGUUCGGAACCGAAUCGAAUUCGAAGACUGGCUCGGAAACGGCUUCUUUCCUGCGGGUUGCAAGACAGAAUCACGGUUAUUUGCACGGAAAUCGCGAGGGAUCGCUACAUGGCGCAGCUCACCGAGUAUCUCAAGUUCUACAAUGCCAAGUUCGAUACGGUGAUUUCGAUGCUGCCUUCGGGCGACGGAUUGAUUCAAUAUGUGACAGAAAUCGGGGCUCAUCCUCCAUCAGGCCAUGUUCCCUGCCGGAGACAACGUGAAACUGUACUUUAUUCGUGGGUUUAA